CCCGGCCGCCCCCAACAUCCUUCCUCCUUACCCGAGCGCUCGGCCAGGACCCCACCGGCGGCAUGGCUGUAACAAGUACGAGUAAGAGGAAGUCACCAAGCUGCUUUGGCUACCCUGUGAGCAUCUUCUUCAUCGUCAUCAAUGAGUUCUGUGAGCGGUUUUCCUACUAUGGCAUGCGAGCGGUGCUUGUUUUGUAUUUCAAAUAUUUCCUCCGAUGGGAUGACAACUUGUCUACGUCCAUCUACCACACCUUUGUGGCUUUGUGCUACUUGACACCGAUCCUCGGAGCAAUCAUCGCUGACUCUUGGCUGGGAAAGUUUCUAACUAUUGUCUCCUUGUCUGUUGUGUAUGCACUUGGACAAGGAGUCAUGGCUGUAAGUUCCAUAAGUGACCUGACAGAUGCAAACAGGGAUGGUUCUCCUGAUAAUAUAAGCUUGCACAUUGCUCUAUCCAUGAUUGGCUUGAUCCUCAUUGCACUUGGUACUGGUGGGAUCAAACCUUGUGUGUCAGCCUUUGGUGGAGAUCAGUUUGAUGAUGGGCAGGAAAAACAAAGAUCUAGUUUCUUCUCUAUCUUUUAUUUGUCCAUUAAUGCUGGAAGUCUCAUAUCUACUAUAGUCACUCCAAUUCUCAGAGCUCAAGAGUGUGGCAUUCACAGCAAGCAGCAAUGCUAUCCACUAGCUUUUGGAGUUCCUGCUGCCCUCAUGGUUGUUUCCUUGAUUGUGUUCAUAGCUGGAAGUGGACUGUACAAGAAAGCUAAACCUCAAGGAAAUAUAAUCAUUCAAGUUUCUAAAUGCAUUGGAUUUGCCAUCAAAAACAGGUUUCGGCAUCGCAGCAAGGAGUUCCCCAAGAGAGAGCACUGGCUGGACUGGGCAAGUGAGAAGUAUGAUAAACGACUGAUUGUUCAGAUUAAGAUGGUGCUGAAGGUGCUUUUCCUUUACAUUCCUCUCCCCAUGUUCUGGGCACUCUUUGACCAGCAGGGGUCAAGAUGGACACUGCAAGCCACAACAAUGGAUGGAAACUUUGGAGCUGUUCAGAUUCAGCCAGACCAAAUGCAGACCGUGAAUGCCAUCCUGAUCAUUAUAAUGGUCCCAGUGGUAGACACUGUGAUAUAUCCUUUGAUCAAGAAAUGCAAGAUCAAUUUUACGCCCUUGAGGAAGAUCACUGUUGGUAUGUUCCUUGCAUCUAUGGCUUUUGUGGCUGCUGCCCUUGUUCAGGUGCAAAUCGACAAAACUAUCCCAGACUUCCCUACAGCUGAGCAAACCCAAAUCAAAAUAAUUAAUCUAGGCACUCAGAAUGCAACAGUUAGAUUUGAACCCCAACUUCACAGUGUGAAUGUAGCACCUAUGGAGUGGACGGACUAUGUGACAUUUGAGACAUCCGAGUUGAAAGCUGUAAACAUAACUUCUGGAGAUGAAUUUGUAAAUGAAACUGUCAUGUUUGCAGGGAGAAAACGUCACACUCUUGGAAUUAAAAGUAGUGCAACAUACAUUGAUACUAUGUGGCUGUUUGACAAUGUCACCUCAAAGCCAGAAGAAGGAAAGAACCUCAUCAGGUUCAUAAACAACUCACCUGAUAUUCUUACUAACAUCACUCUGGGUGACACUUCUUUUGGAACACUGAUGCCUUUUUCUGCCAGUAAUUACAGUCUCUUCUCAGGAGGAAGGAGAGAUACUAUUACAGCUGUUAAUCGUUCAGACCUUUGUUCAGUGCUUUCAGAGUCAUUUGGAUUUGGCAGUGCCUACACAGUUGUAAUUAAUGAGUGUUCUGGAAUGGAUUUUAGUGUGCUAUACUCUGAAGAUGUCCCACCCAAUUCAGUCCAUAUGGCUUUGCAGAUCCCUCAGUAUUUUAUUCUUACAUGUGCAGAAGUAGUGUUCUCUAUCACAGGGCUGGAGUUUUCAUAUUCACAGGCUCCAUCAAAUAUGAAGUCAGUGCUGCAGGCAGGGUGGCUGCUGACAGUGGCUAUAGGUAACAUAAUCGUGCUUAUUGUGGCUGGAGCAUCCAGACUCAGCAAGCAGUGGGCAGAAUAUGUGCUGUUUGCUGCCUUGCUGCUGGCAGUUUGCAUCAUUUUUGCUGUCAUGGCUUAUUUUUAUACCUAUAUUGAUCCAAAUGAGGUUGAAGCCCAACUUGAUGAGGAAGAAAAGAAGGCCAAAAAGGCUCAAGAGAUAUAUGAAAAGGACACUGACGUUGUCUCUCGGAUGUAAAAGCUGUAUUCAAGGAGUGUUGUUAAAUUAUGGUGUCCCAUUAACUAUCUUUGCAGCAAGAUAAAUCAGGGUAUCACUAACACCUCUCAUGGGAGAGAAUAAGAAAAGCUAACUUAAUACAACCUCUCUUGGGAAGCAAGAAGAAGACAUUAGUCUCUCUUCUCCUGAGCAUGGUAUCCUGAAGGAACUUCAGCAGAAUUUGCACUCUUAAUGUACCUCAAAAUUAAUACCAUACCAUUGAAAUACUGAAAUUGUACUUGGCAUUACGAAAUCCUGUGAAAAUAUGUAUUUCUAUACUGCAUUUCAAUUUUAUACUCUGAAAGAAACAAGUACUGCCAAGAAAUAGUAGCUGGAGCCAAGCUGUCUAUAUGACCCCACUAGCAUCACUGUUACUUGAAACCAGCAGGUCACAUGUGCCUUAAAUUCUUUCAUACUUCCUUACAUAUAAUGGGAGCAAAGCUCUGGCAUUGCUCAGAUUCAAAUACUGUCUGUGCUCCACAUGGCAGUAACUUGGACACGCACUGUAAUAUAAUGCUUCAUGUGCCUGUUAACUCCUGUUAUAUUUUUAAUUAAACAUAUUAAUAAAGUGUCCACUUGGGUAAAUAGACCAUGGUAAAUGAUGUUUGUAAUAAGCAACAGCAAUAAAACUUGUGUUGUAGUAA